ACCUGGAACUUCAGCUCGGCUUUGGCAAAGAAAUGGCAAGGCUGCAACUUCAUCGACGGCCUUCCAUGCGAGGACCUGAAGUCUGUACGGCUGCGGCAGGGGUUUUGGCGCGGCUUGCCACUUGGAAUGGUCAGUCUCUUGGUGGUGACAUUGAGCCUUUUCCAGAUGCAGGCUUGUCAGCUCGUUAAUGCAGGGCCCAAAGCCGAGUACUUGGCAAGUAGUUCUGAAGAAGAAGCCGAACGUCCUGGGUUCCUGGCGCAAAUGUACGCGCACUGGGUCUUAGGGGACAGCUUGAUCUCAACCUCCGAGAUCCAAAAGCAGGGCCAGGACAUUUGGGGUGCGUCUUGGGGUGCGUCCAAUAUUAUUAAGCACGAGAAGGAAAAGCUCAACAAUGACAAUUGGGAUUGGAUGAUAUUCGACAACUGCCGAUGUUCCACAUUAUUCUGGUUCAAACCAGACAUCCCUCAGGAACAACAGAUUGCCGAGAACGGCUUCAGCCCGCUAAAAAGCGACAGUCUCCACUCCUCCAUUGUCAUCCUGCCACCAAAUGCAUCUUGUCAUCUUGGGCCGGAAAUCGGAAGCGGUUCUUUGUAUGCGCUCAACAAGUUGCUCUUUGAUGAGCGCAAGGCAGAGAUUACGUCUAGCCAUCCUGAGCUUGAUUGGGCACAGCAUGUUCAAGAGAUGACCAACAAGUACAAAAAACUGCUUGCCACCUAUGUGCCGGAUUACUUCUUUGGAAUAUCACUGCGACCUUGGCAGCCCUGGCAUCUACAGUGGACUACAGCCUGGAUCUUUCUGCUUUCAGCAGCAUUGCCCAUUCACGGGCACAUCUGCGAAAGGGCGCGCGUACAAUCCUUGCUCGCAAAGGCGGCCAUAGCCGUAUACAUUUUUGCAGACGUCGCUUGCCUUGCCUGCAUGGCUACCCUGGCAACCAUGGAAGCUCAGAUGGAAGGCUUGAAAGAUUUCACAGAGCUACUCUCUGGAGAGGGGCGCGUUCCAAAUGACGAGGUGACAGCAGCCCUUCGAAAAGCAACACUUCAAGGACGAGACUCUUUGUACCCGCUGUUGCAGACCAUCGCCGUGUUCUGCGGCACAAAGAUGUUGCUGGUACGUUGCUGCUUGCCGAGGCUUUCCUUGGGACAGUUAUUCAGCGGUUGCUUGUGCUCGCCCUUGUACUUGAUUUCUUUCGACUGCUUGCGAAUAUCGCGGGACGCAAAAGCUCUGCAUUUCCUGGUCGCUAUCCGCGCCGUGGUCAUGCUCGUCAGCCUCGAAUUAGCUUGGUAUCCCGUCAGUUCGGAAGAGUUCAUUCGGUGGUCAGCUGUGAUCUUCAAUUUUGGCAUCUCUCGCAACGUGUUUCGCGCUCACGUGACAUGCAUGCUGAUGGCCGCCGCUGCAUCUGGUUUGGGUGCCAUUUGGGCUAUUCACAGUGAGGUGGCCUCCAAGCAGCAGCCCUACAAGAAGGCCCAUGGCUAUGGGGCCAUCCAGCUGCCGCCUGUCAAGCGCAGCAGCGCGCAAGGCAUGCCAGCUGAAUAUCCGCGCUUCCCUCCUGGCAUUGAUUCAAGCGUGGUAAAGCCCAGGAAGAGCAUGGAGCCUCCAGCCUCGAGCAAGGCGGAGCCCAAGAUGGAAGAUCCUUA